GAUAUUCUCAAGAUCUGAUGGACGUAUUAUUGCACACACACGAUGCAUCAGUGUUGUGUUUUUGCGUUUUGACAUUCCUUUCCCCCACUUCAAUUCCUCCUCGUUGGUCGGCAAUCUCAAAUUCUAACAAAUACCCACUUAAAUUCACCUCCAAUUCUCUCAGACCCAUGUCCCGAUUUUCCUCCCUAUCCCCUGUAUGAACCCCGAUACCCUUUUUUUAUCGUAGUAUUUUCCCUCUUCUUCCCGGAAAAUCCUGCACACCCACAAACCAUGGCUGUUGCGCUAAGGUCAAAGUCAUCCAGAUACGCCACUGCUUUCACGGCCUCUCACUUCAGAUACUUCAUACUCAACCACAUGCACGGUGGUCGCGUUCUAGCUGCUUAUUCCAAUUGCAGUACCAAAUUGGAUGAUUUCGUCGAUAGGCGUAGAUUUUUGCCUAGUUAUGUCAAGUGUAGGAGCAAAUCUGCGUAUGCUUGUGAGAUUUUGAAUUCGUAUGGCGACCCUCCUGAGGUUUGGCAGCCUCCCGGAGAUGGAAUUGCGGUCAGGCCUGGAGUGAAGUUGGUCCGGGUGACGGAUGGCGGUGGUGGCAGCUCCGGUUUGGGAGGUGGGUAUGGCUCGAAAUCUAAAGAUGGGUGUUGGGGAGGAUCCCAUUUGGGUUGUGAUUUUCCAACCCCCAAAGAGAUCUGUAAAGGGCUUGAUAAGUUUGUAAUUGGGCAGGAGAGAGCAAAGAAGGUGCUUUCGGUGGCAGUUUACAACCACUAUAAGAGGAUCUCUAAUGACUCUACACAGAAGCCUGCAGAAGACUCAGCCAAUGAAAAGAUGGCUGCAACAGAUGAUGAUUCAGUGGAACUUGAGAAGAGUAAUGUUCUUCUAAUGGGACCAACAGGCUCAGGGAAGACAUUACUUGCCAAAACUUUGGCACGGUUGGUGAACGUUCCUUUUGUUAUUGCUGAUGCAACUACGCUUACUCAGGCUGGAUAUGUUGGGGAAGAUGUGGAGUCAAUAUUAUACAAGCUCCUUAUGGUGGCUGACUAUAAUGUGGCAGCUGCCCAGCAAGGCAUUGUGUAUAUUGAUGAAGUUGACAAGAUCACUAAAAAGGCUGAGAGCCUCAAUAUAAGCAGAGAUGUAUCUGGUGAGGGUGUCCAGCAGGCUUUACUAAAAAUGCUGGAAGGAACGAUAGUUAAUGUUCCAGAGAAGGGCGCUAGGAAGCAUCCUAGAGGCGACAAUAUCCAGAUUGACACUAAAGACAUUCUCUUUAUAUGUGGGGGCGCCUUUAUUGAUUUGGAGAAAACUAUCUCAGAAAGGCGCCAAGAUUCUUCUAUUGGUUUUGGUGCACCAGUCCGUGCUAACAUGAGGAGCACUGGUGUUACUAGUGCUGUUGUGGCAUCAUCUCUACUGGAAACUGUAGAAAGCAGUGAUCUUAUUGCAUAUGGUUUGAUACCUGAGUUCGUUGGACGAUUUCCCAUUCUUGUAAGUUUGUCGGCACUCACUGAGGACCAACUUGUUCAGGUGUUAACGGAGCCAAAAAAUGCUCUAGGGAAGCAGUACACAAAGAUGUUUAAAAUGAAUGGAGUGAAGCUGCAUUUCACAGAAAAUGCAUUGAGAUUAAUUGCUACAAAAGCAAUAUCGAAGAAUACUGGAGCUCGGGGCUUAAGAUCCAUCUUGGAGAAUAUUUUGAUGGAUGCCAUGUAUGAGAUUCCAGAUGUAAGAACAGGGGACAGUAUUAUCGAUGGAGUUGUGGUGGAUGAGGAGGCUGUCGGAUUAGAAGGACAUGGAUGUGGAGCGAAAAUCCUUUAUGGGAAAGAUGCGUUGGCCCGCUAUAUUUCACAACAUAAACUAAAGGACUCAGAGACAAGCGCGGAAGGGUCUGAGGUGGAAUCCGAGGUGGAACAGGAGCUUCCUUCAAUUGUUGCUUUAUAACCCUCCCAGAGGCUUAUUCUGAUCUCGUUCAUGUACAAUAUAAAUUAUAUCAAUUCAAAUGAAACCACCAUUAAAAUUUAAUAGAUCAAAAAUGAAAUUAUUUGUC